GUGGGUGUGACAUAUCUCGUUGUGGCUUUAACUAGCAUUUCCCUAGUGCCCAAUGAUACUGAGCAUAUUUUCAUGAGGCUGUGCCCAUUUAUCUAUUUUCUAUGGAGACAUGCCUGUUCAAGUCCUUUGACCAAUUUUUAAUUGAGUAAUAUUUUUGUUGUUGAGUUGUAACAUUGCUUUUUAUAUUAUGGAUACUAGCCCCUUAUCUGACAUAUGAUUUGUAAACAUUCUCUCCCAUUGUUGUGGGUAGCCUCUUCACUUUCUCAAUAAUGUCCACGAGUUCAUUUUUGUAGAAAAUAAGAUACGUCUCUUUCAUUAAAAAGAAAAAUCUGAACAAAUAUUGGUGACCAUCCCUGGGUACUUUGGUUGUCACUACUUUAUGUUAUUUCCGAAUGAACCGUAACAGGAUUGUCUAAGUUUGUUACUUUCGCACGUUGGUAAAUGGAAAGUGAAACUUUCCCAUUGUCACGUCAUGCUAUUCGGGCACUUGUUGAAGUGCAGGCCGUUGGGGGUGGAAUGCACACCCUGGGGAGGGAGCCUGGUGUCCACCCUGGGCCUCCCCUCGCAAGUGGGUGGCAAGUCCCCCGAGGAUCCCUGAUUGUUUUCCUUCUGCUUCGUUCCUGCCACUGGCUCCCAGGCGAGCCUUUGGGAAACGGAAACUGAAACUGAAGCUGAACCGGCUGCUGAGGCUGCUCUGACACGCCCCCUGACGUGUGAGGCUCAGGCUCAGAAAAGGGGUGAGCCGCCAGGGCCUGCGGGAGAGGGAGCUGGAGCUGAGACAGCGCACUCAUCGUCAUCGUCGUCUCACGACCUGUGGAGGACCUGGCAUCAGAGCCCACAGCCAUGGGCGGGUACCUGAAGGUGAAGAUGUUGAGCAAGGAGUUCCAGGUGCCCAUGAGGGACUCCAUGCUGCUGUCGGAACUGAAGCAGCUGAUCACCCAGAAGAUCCAAGUGCCUGCCUUCCAGCAGCGCCUGCUGGUCCAGGGGAGCAAUGAAGUGCUGCAGGACGGGGUUCCCCUGGCCCACCAGGGCCUGCGCUCGGGCAGCGAGGUCGUGCUGGUGGUGCAGAGCUGCGACAGGCCCCUGAGCAUCCUGGUGAGGAACGACAGGGGCCACACCAGAGCCUACGAGGUCCAGCUGACGCAGAAGGUGGCCCGACUCAAGGAGCAGGUGGCUAACCGCGAGAGCACGAACGUCGACCAGUUCUGGCUGAGUUUCCAGGGGCAGCCCCUGGAUGACGAGAAGCAGCUGGGGGAGUACGACCUCACGCCCCACUGCACCUUGCAGAUGAAUCUGCGCCUUCGGGGGGGCGAGGAGGGGCCGGGAGGGCAGCGCUAAGAACCACCACCGGCGAGUCCCUGGACAAGGGGGCCCAUAAUAAACGUUGAUGCAAAGCUAA